AUGUUUGACAUCUCAAACACUUCGUGGUUGCCCUUGGCGAUGGUUGUCUAUGGCUUUCAGGCUAUGGAAAGACACGAGAUACAGCAGGCUCAAUCACUUCAGCAGAGAUCGAGGUCAUUCGCACUACUGGAGGCAAAAUUGACAGGCAAGGUGAGCACAUGGAAUGAGUGGAAGCCUAAUUCAGUCACUUCACUGACGUUCCAAGUUGCCUUUAUGGCCAGUCAUGUGGUCAUGUCAGUCCAAAACCCGUGCCUGACUCGUCACCCUGAAUCCGGUUGA